ACUCUGUCUGUCUCUCUCGCGCACAACAUAACACUGAAAACGAUUUACGUUGGUAGAAACCAAAUAUUUUAUCUUCAAUAUCAAAUCGUCCGCGGUUCGUCGGUAAAAAUCCAAUUGUGCGCGUUUGUUUUCCAACGCAAUCUGUUGUACCUAUAUUUCUCUGUUGAUUUUGUCGCACAAGCUCGCAGACACAGUGUUUGCUUCGAGCCAGUGGGUGUUGUUCUGUGAUUGUGCCUACGAUGACCGUGAUGUUUCGAAAGAAAUCGUUUUGAUAUUUACCGUGGUCAAACCGCAUUUACGAGCCACGAAAGUAUUAUCGCAUAACUAGUAAAUUAUAUGCGUUCACAGCCGGAACCAAUAUUCAUCACGUUACUACAGGCUGAUAGUUUCACGAUGUUGCCUUGGGUAUGAUCGGUAUUACCAUUUAUUCAAUGUGGCGCCCAAUCAAAUGGAUGGCGACAAUGUGACUGCUAUGGAAACUGAUAAAUUAGUCGACGACGAUCUCGACAAUAAUCAGUAUCCACCAAUGACGAUCCUAUACGACCCAACGAUUAGGAAAGACUCUACGACCAAUGGUGUUGCAUCGCCACAAUUUUCUACCGAACAAGAGCUGUGUCUGAGGUAUUUCGACAAAUGGAGCGAACAACACCAAAUCGACUUUGUCGAACACCUACUGUCGCGUAUGUGUCACUACCAACACGGACACAUCGACACUUAUUUAAAACCCAUGUUACAAAGAGACUUCAUAUCGCUCUUACCCAAAAAAGGCCUAGACCAUGUGGCCGAAAACAUUUUAUCCUACCUAGAUGCCGAUUCUUUGUAUGCUGCCGAGUUGGUGUGUAAAGAAUGGUAUAGGGUAAUUUCAGAAGGCAUGCUUUGGAAAAAGUUAAUCGAACGUAAAGUACGUACCGAUUCACUGUGGAGAGGGCUUGCCGAAAGAAGGGGAUGGAUUCAAUACUUAUUCAAACCAAAGCCGGGUGAACAUCACCCUGAUCAUUUCUCCUACAGGGCCCUGUUUCCUAAAAUAAUACAAGAUAUAGAAAGUAUAGAAUCAAAUUGGCGGACGGGCAAUUUUCUUUUACAGAGAAUAAAUUGCCGGUCAGAAAACUCCAAAGGUGUUUACUGUUUACAGUACGAUGAUAAUAAAAUUGUCUCUGGUCUACGUGAUAAUACCAUAAAAAUAUGGGAUAGAAAUACGUUAGAAUGUGUUAAGGUAUUGACUGGCCACACUGGCUCGGUCUUGUGUUUGCAAUAUGACGACAAAGUGAUUGUUAGCGGUUCCAGCGACAGCACGGUACGCGUAUGGAACGUUGCCACUGGUGAAAUGGUGAACACAUUGAUACACCAUUGUGAAGCGGUUUUACACUUAAGGUUUAGCAAUAACAUGAUGGUCACAUGUUCAAAAGACCGAUCGAUAGCUGUGUGGGAUAUGGUGUCGCCUAGUGAAAUGACCUUACGUCGUGUACUAGUUGGACAUCGCGCUGCAGUAAAUGUUGUCGAUUUUGACGAUAAAUAUAUAGUUUCUGCUUCUGGAGACCGUACAAUUAAAGUGUGGAACACGUCCAGUUGUGAAUUUGUACGAACCCUAAAUGGUCAUAAACGUGGCAUCGCCUGCCUUCAGUAUAGAGAUCGUUUGGUAGUUAGCGGCAGUUCUGAUAAUACCAUCAGAUUAUGGGAUAUUGAGUAUGGCGCUUGUUUAAGAGUUCUCGAAGGUCACGAAGAGCUGGUUCGAUGCAUCAGGUUCGAUAGUAAAAGAAUCGUUAGUGGAGCGUACGACGGGAAAAUCAAAGUGUGGAACUUAGUGGCGGCGUUGGACCCUCGAGCUCUUUCAUCUACGCUCUGUCUCCGCACACUCAUGGAGCACACGGGACGAGUGUUUCGACUCCAGUUUGAUGAGUUUCAAAUAGUGAGCUCCUCACAUGACGACACUAUACUCAUUUGGGACUUCCUCAAUUAUAAUGACAGAAAUAAUGCGGCGGCAGGACCGUCAAAUAACGCCGCCUUACACGCGGGAAGUGCUCCACACGUAAUCGACCUUCCUCCUUUACCACCAGGAUUCGAGUGACCUAAUGGGCUAGUCAUCCGUAAAUUGACAGAGUACAAGCAAAGUGCUCGCCGUGAAUAUUGCUUACAAAUGAUGGUAAAUUAACCUUAUCACGUCUUGUUCUCAUUUUUAUUUAUUUAUUAUAUCAUAUGUUAUAUACUUUCAAAUAUAUAAUUAUAUAUGUAUAAUACAACUAAAUUAAAAAAUACAGAAACGCCCAAAUUUAAUACUGUGCCAAUCACGUUCUCUACUGUUUUUUUAUAUCUACAUUUGAUAAUUCUAAUAUUUAAUGCAAAUUUUCAUUUUACGAGUCGUUGAAAUGGUAGUAUUAAAUUUAAUUUAUCCGAGAAAUAUCUGUGAUUUUUCAUAAGGAAUUGUCAAAUACAAAAAAUAUAUCAGAAGAGUGCAUUGACACUUUUAUAAUUUCCUUUAUAAACGUUUUUUCUUAAUCAAUAUUGUCAUUAUGUAACAGGACAUGUUUAUAGGAUAUUUGAUUUUUAUGUGCUAAGGAAAAAAAAAUUACAAAACUAAUAACUGUGUAUAGUCCCUAUUUGAAUAAGUUCAAAAAA